GUGAACGCUGGAGCAGACCGGCUAGAGCUUUGCGGAAACUUGGGUCUCGGUGGCGGUACUACGCCAUCUCUCGGACUGCUCAAGGCCGUACGGAAAGCCGUAGCACAUACUCCUGCUACUAUCGUGACGAUGGUUCGUCCAAGGACGGGAGACUUUUUGUACACGCCAGAGGAAUUCAACAUCAUUCUGGAGGACAUCAAGGUCUUCAAACAGGCUGGAGCUCAUGGAAUCGUGUGUGGCGUAUUGAAAGCAGAUGGGACGGUAGACGUUGCUCGCACCGAGCGGUUGGUAGCUGAGACAACUCCUCUAGAGUUCUGCUUUCACAGAGCCUUCGACAUGACGCGGGACCCAUUGGAAGCCUAUAACUCUCUCUCCAACAUGGGUAGCCCUAUACGCAUCUUGACAAGUGGCCACGGACCAACAGCCCCCGCGUCUUUGGAGACAUUACAGACUUUACUUCAAGCUGCAACCGAGAGGAAUGCCUCUGACCGGUCUCGAAGAAUCACUAUCAUGCCCGGGUCUGGAGUGAACUCCAAGACCAUCCGUGCCUUACUAGAGGCGCUACUCCCAUACGAUCUCGACGACGUGCAUCUAAGCGGAGGGCGUUGGAUCGAAGGCAACAUGAUGCAUAGGCGCCCCGACAUGGGAAUGGGCACUGGAAAAGAGACCGAAUGGAAUAUCUGGCGGACUGACGAAGAAGAGAUUCGGUCGGUCAGACGAAUAUCUGACGAGGUGUGGCGAGAGGUCAGAACGAAGAAAGAGUGAUCCUGAACCAGCUAUACAUGAUGCAAGUGUACGUACGCACGCCGAGCUACCGGCAACCAUCUGGGACCCAAGAUCGUUUGCUUGGAAACGCAGUUGGAAUCGGGAAGGUGUCUCGUCACGAUCAUGAGCGAAGUCUGGUCGAGGGAUCACAAAAGCUUCUUUCUCUCUCCCAGCUUCUCCCCGAUGCUCCCG